AUGUCGAAUUUUGUUUCGACGGACAGCUCUCAACAGCCUCCAGGCUGCACACCACUGCCUUCUGUCACUGCAGUGACAUCAUCCGAGUCCGAUGUGCGAUUCUCUGCUUCGUCGGACGUCACGCAUCCCUGCACCCAGGUGUUGCCCCCCUUCUGCAACCCCCAGCAUGGCUAUGCUGUCCUACCACCAUCUUUGCCUUUCUCUCGCACCACUGACUGGGAGGCCCGACUACGUGACGACUGCCACAAGCAGUUUCACGCUCGACUCGAGCGUCGAAAGCUCAAUGAUCCUUACAGUAAGAUAGCCUGUCGAGAACGCACUCACGCAUUGGAGCAGUAUAUCCAUGAUGUCUCCAAGAGCACUGCAAAGAUACGACAAUCCAUGGAGAGGAGCAAAGAGGAGCAUGAGCACUGGAUGAGGAAGCAGGAGAAGAAGUUGCAGAAGAUCGUUGAUGUUCGUCUAGCAAAAGAACAGAGGGAGAAGGAUUGUGCAGAUCAACGAGACUGGCGAGAGUUCAUUGGCAGUCAAAGGGCAUGGGCAAGUUGUGAGGCCCAGGUUAAGCGAUUUGAUGAGAGGCUCAGGGAGGGACCACCACCAGGACAGGGGGACGGGAGAACGGGAGAACAGGGGACGGGAGACGGGAGACGGGAGACGGGAGACGGGAGACGGGAGACGGGAGACGGGAGACGGGAGACGGGAGACGGGAGACGGGAGACGGGAGACGGGAGACGGGAGACGGGAGACGGGAGACGGGAGACGGGAGACGGGAGACGGGAGACGGGAGACGGGAGACGGGAGAUGGGAGACGGGAGAUUGAGAGAAUGGCAGAACGGGAGAUGGGAGAACGAGAGAACAGGAGAACAGGAGAAUGGGAGAAUAGAGGAACAGGCAAAUCAAUAA